UGAGUCAGAGCUAGAGCAUUUUCUUCCGUCCAGGCAAGUGCUCUUAGGAAACGGACCCCGCCCCCCUUCCCAGCCUGGACUCCCGUUCUCCUUCCCUCCUGUUUUCCCUGUGGGGAUACCCUAAGUUACUCUUUGCCGUUGAGUCCCUGUCAAGGCCAUGAAGCUCGUGAGGAAGGACAUCGAAAAGGAUAAUGCGGGCCAGGUGACGCUGGUUCCCGAGGAGCCUGAGGACAUGUGGCACACCUAUAAUCUGGUGCAGGUAGGCGACAGCUUGCGCGCCUCCACCAUCCGCAAGGUACAGACCGAGUCCUCCACAGGCAGCGUGGGAAGUAACCGGAUCCGCACUACCCUCACUCUCUGUGUAGAGGCCAUCGACUUCGACUCCCAAGCCUGCCAGCUGCGGGUCAAGGGAACCAACAUCCAAGAGAAUGAGUAUGUCAAGAUGGGGGCUUAUCACACCAUCGAGCUGGAGCCCAACCGCCAGUUCACCCUGGCCAAGAAACAGUGGGACAGUGUGGUUCUGGAGCGUAUCGAGCAGGCCUGCGACCCAGCCUGGAGUGCCGAUGUGGCCGCUGUGGUCAUGCAGGAAGGCCUCGCCCAUAUCUGCUUAGUCACUCCCAGCAUGACCCUCACUCGGGCCAAGGUGGAGGUGAACAUCCCUAGGAAACGGAAAGGCAACUGCUCUCAGCAUGACCGAGCCUUGGAACGGUUCUAUGAACAGGUGGUCCAGGCCAUUCAGCGCCACAUACACUUUGAUGUGGUAAAGUGCAUCUUGGUGGCCAGCCCAGGAUUUGUGAGGGAGCAGUUUUGUGACUACAUGUUUCAGCAAGCGGUGAAGACUGACAACAAAGUGCUCCUGGAAAACCGGUCCAAGUUCCUUCAGGUACAUGCCUCCUCUGGACACAAGUACUCCCUGAAAGAGGCCCUUUGUGACCCCACCGUAGCUAGCCGCCUCUCAGACACCAAAGCUGCAGGAGAAGUAAAAGCCUUAGAUGACUUCUAUAAAAUGUUGCAACAUGAACCUGAUCGUGCCUUCUAUGGACUUAAGCAGGUGGAGAAGGCCAAUGAAGCCAUGGCAAUUGACACACUGCUCAUCAGUGAUGAGCUCUUCAGGCACCAGGAUGUAGCCACAAGGAGCCGGUUUGUAAGGCUGGUGGACAGCGUGAAGGAGAAUGCAGGCACAGUUAGAAUAUUCUCAAGUCUUCAUGUGUCUGGGGAACAGCUCAGCCAGUUGACUGGAGUAGCUGCCAUUCUCCGUUUCCCUGUCCCUGAACUUUCUGACCAAGAGGAUGAUUCCAGUUCUGAAGAGGAUUAAUAAUUGAAAUUUAAAAUUGAUACAACCUGUUUCUCACUUCUUCACUGUUAAAUUUUCUUAGCAUCCUAGUGACAGAAAACUGCAAGGAUGGCACUUUUUGAUGCAUUCAGGGAUUCCUCAUGUAUUUGGUCACACUAGGUAUUUUGUGUUAAGCUAAACAGUAAACUAAAAGGAAAUAAUCUGCAUACUACCAUCUUCAUUAAUAAACAUAUUUUCACACAGGAA